AUGAACCAUUUAGGACGCCACAAUAUUUCUUACCCUGAUGUGUUUGACCAAGGCACGGCCACCCACGUGGUCACGGCUGUGCUGUACGGGGCGCAGGCGAUUUUUGUCUUCGAUCAGGAUGUUUCUUCAUCUGAGAAUGUACAAGAUGUAAAGGGAAAACUCCAUGUUAUAAUUAAAAAGAUACCCCAGGUUUCCAUCGAAGGGGAAGGAGCUCUCAAAAUGGAUGACAAGGAACAAAAACAAGCUGAACAACUUAGUUGUAAGUUCUAUGGUGAUUUUGCUCUUGAGAACAAUCCAGUUACUUUCCAAAAUGCCAUGAAAAUAUACUCCACCCUCCCAGCGCGGCUGGGUGAGAACGGGGAGAAGGCCGUACCGGUGAGAGUCUGGCUGUACCCGCUGACCAAGCUGGAUUCCAAAGCUGCUCAGAUGGUGCGUGAGAUCAGUACAAUGCUGAUCUUCGAUGUUCAAAUGGCCCUGGAACAGCUGACAGAACUGGACAUGCAAUGCAACGACUUGGUGAAGAACCCGAUUGCCAGAACCUUCCCUGAAAUGCAGAGGAAAGUCCAACAAUUCAAAGUUCUGUGCAUGCAACACAGACAGAUUUUCCAGAAAGAGCUGGCAGGACUCUUACCCUCCAUCCGUGGAGGAGGGAAAGAAGAAAGGACCUUGGUGGACAUGCUGUCAUGCAAAAACCAGUCACCGUUCAACACUCAGAAACUCAACGAAUUUCUAAAUAGAAAGGAGCAAGAAAUGAAGUAUGUCAAUUCCUAUCUUUCUCUCCUAAAGGAUGUGGAAGUGGUGUCCACUCAGAACAAACUGGAUGAAAUAGUUCUGGAUCCCGUGAAUGGCUUUGUCGUAGCCUUUGUGUUCACUUCGCUACAUGAAGAGGAACCGUAUUUCUCUGAUUUGAGGCUCUGUCUUCAGACCCAGUUUAUGAAGAACGCCCAAGAUCCCGAAUCAGCCAGUUCUGCCAGUGAGAAUCCCAAACUGUGGUUUGAGGACAAAAAGAGGAACCAAAAUGCCCGAACAGCUGCAAAAUCUGUUUCAGACUUUGCUCGUGUGAAUAAAUCUAACGGGAAGACGCGGUUCAUUGUGGUCUCUGUUCCAGACAAGGCCAAUCCAGGCGCUUCCAUUUACCUGUAUGAGGAUGGAGAACUGCUCAGCACCAACUUCCAGCCUCCAUCAAAGCCUCUUCCUCUCCUGAUUGGUGCAGUCAGACAUGACCGUGUGCAGCUCACGCUGAAACCGGCAGCCUAUGGCAGGGGCGGGGGGCAGGAGAACUGGGCGGCUGUGAAUGUCAGUAACACACAAGAGACACUCACAGUCACAGGGCUCCGUCCAAACACCCAGUACCAGUUCCGAUACGCGGCCGUGAGCAAACCAGGGCUCAGCGAGAGCAGCGACGUGAGCGACACGGUGAAGACGCUUCCUCCUACCAGCCCCCCUGGGAAACCUGCAGCAGCAACUGUGGAAUUAUCGGCCAUCACCCUGAGCUGGGAGAGUCCAUGUGCCAUUGGAGAUGGAGUCAGUAUAAGCGAGUACAAGGUGCAAUACAGAGAGGAGGCUGGAGAAGCCAAGUGGCUGGAGCGAAAGACGGGAGAGAGAACUGAGUCCUGCACCAUUGAUGGACUGAGGCCUGGGAUGCCCUACAGAUUCCGGGUGUCGGCCGUGUGCGCGGACGGGGCUGAGAGUGAUCCCAGUGAAGAGACGCUGAUUUUAACACCCAAGAGGAAAGAAUCAAAGAAGCAGCCACCUCACUCCCCUAAGGAAAGCUCUGCGACAAGAGAAGAGCAACCCACAACAUCACCCACAGAAUCUCAGACAAUAACGCAACGUUUUGUGAAACAAGAGUCUUUGCUAGCACGAGGCCCCCCCGCAGUUUAUAUCCUUCCUUUAGAGAAGACAGGACUAGGUCCUACUGCAUCUUACACAAAGUACAGGCUGGGGAGGGAGACCCUGAAGAUCCCUAACAAAGUGAUUAUGGUGAUGGGAGCCACCGGGUCGGGGAAAACGACUCUCAUCAACGGGAUGAUCAACUACGUCCUGGGUGUGCAAUGGAAGGAUGAAUUCAGGUUCAAGCUCAUCCAUGAAAUAACUAACAGAAGCCAGGCCCAGAGCCAGACAUCUGAGGUGACGGCCUAUGAAGUGAAUCACACAAGGGGUUUCCAAGUCCCGUACUCGCUGACUAUAAUAGACAUGCCGGGAUUUGGUGACACCAGAGGGAUAGAUCAUGACAAAGAGAUAAUAAGGAAAGUCCGAGAGUUCUUCUCCACCCCAGGGGCCAUUGAUCACAUCGACGCCGUCUGCUUUGUGGUUCAGGCCUCCCUAGCUCGUCUGACCCACGCCCAGAAGUACGUGUUUGACUCAGUGCUCUCCAUUUUCGGGAAGGACAUAAAAGACAACAUCCUAAUCCUGGUCACCUUCGCCGAUGGGCAGACCCCCCCUGUGCUAGAGGCCAUUAAAACAGCUGAUGUCCCUUGUGCUAAGGAUGCUCAGGGCAACCCUGUGUAUUUCAAAUUCAAUAACUCCGUCCUCUUCACCUGUAAUGCUGCAGCUGACGAGGGCAGUUGUAAUUUUGAUGAAAUGUUCUGGAGAAUGGGAGCCAUGAGCAUGCAGACAUUUUUGGGGGCAUUAUUGAAAUUGGAAACCAGGAGUCUGACGUUAACGCAGGAGGUUCUCAGGGAGCGGAAGGAGCUGGAGGUGGCUGUGGAAGGGCUGCAGCCCCAAAUCAAAGCCGGCCUGAUGAAGCUGGAAGAACUGCGCAAGACACAGGAAGCUCUGGAGCAGCAUAAGGAUGAAAUGGAGGCCAAUAGAGACUUUGAGUAUGAGGUGGAGAAAACAGUGGCAGUGAAAAUAGACAUCUCUGGGACAGGGAACUACCUAACCAACUGCCAGCGGUGUCACUAUACGUGUCACUAUCCCUGUGCAAUCGCUAAUGAUGCUGGCAAGCGCUGGUGCACAGCUAUGGACAGGAACACGGGAUAUUGCCGGGUGUGCCCUGGGAAAUGUGUCUGGAAUGUUCAUUUCAAUCAAACGUACAAGUGGGAAUACACAGUAGUGAAAGAGAAACAGACCUAUGCACAACUGAAGGAGAAAUACGAGAAGGCGUCUGGGGAGGUGCUGUCCACACAGAGCAUGGUUGAGAAGUUGUCUCAGGAAUACGCUGCAGUGGAAGGGACAUUAAUGGAUCUUAUUGAAAAAUCAUCUCGCAGCCUCCAACGUCUGCAGGAAAUCGCUCUGAAACCCAACCCGCUGUCCACCCCGGAAUACAUUGACCUGCUGAUCAUGUCGGAGCGACAGGAACUGAAGCCUGGUUACCAGGAAAGAAUAAAAUCACUGAAGGACGUGAGGGAAAUGGCAGAGAUAAUGAUGAAGAUUGCCAAUAAGGAGCCCCUGUUGCCAGUCGAACGGAGUCUGUACAAGAGGCUUGAAGAAACAAAGGCUGCAUUCAAAAAACAUGUGAAAGGAACAGUAGAUCUGAUUAAAAGCUGGUUUCAGUAAAAACUGGCUGCAGCUCCCCAUGCAAAAGAAACAGCCGGCUUCACAAAUCAUGCAGCUUAGCCCAGAAUCAGGACUGGCCUCCUGUGGUCUGUGUAGCAUUUUCCUCUAAGAUCCACUGAAUUCGCACCGAGGACAGUGUGCUCAUCCCUGCCCAGCUGCUCAGGUUCGUUAUUUGCUUUGCUGGGUGAUCGGACCAUCCCUGCUGGGACUGAGUUACCACGCUGGGGGAAAUGGUGUUUCUUAUGAACAAAUUCUACUGCCUCUCUGCUAGCUUGUUAUCCCGGGACAGCUUGUAAUUAGUAACAUGAAAUAAGGGAUAAGGGAUCUUUCGGAAAAGGCUUUAUUUUUCGAAAGAUCAGCGUCUAGACUGCCGCUUUUCUCCAACAAAGCUCCGUGCCGAAAAAAGAGGCAGCCAUUUUUAUGCUA